AUGCAAUGGAACUCUGCGAGUGAGGUCGCGACCUACUUUCUAUCGGCCAACCCAGUUGCUAUCGUGGUCACUUGUCUCGUGGCAUUCUUGCUGCCUCUGUGUCUACAUUUCUUUCUCUACCGCACAGCUUCCACCAGCAAGCCUGAUGAGUUUCUCUUACUGGGCUCUAGCGGGUCAGGCAAGACAGCUCUGUGUGCUUUACUAGAGAAACGCGUUGCUUCAAACUUCGGGCCACGACCGACUCAUACGUCUCAAGUCUCAUCAACAGUCACUGUAUCACUUCAUCCUACCAUACGGAAGGGUUCGGAUAAGUACCGCUCUAUCAACGAUCCGACCAUAGCACAGGCAGCCAAACAGCAGGUGACUUUCUCCCUGAGAGAUACCCCUGGUCAUGGAAAGCUGCGUGAUCUGGAAGUUAUUACUCAACUGCUCGAUCCGGCAAAACAGAAACAGUCCAAGAGCCGGAUACGGGGUGUAAUCUUCAUGAUCGAUGCUGCCACUUUGUUGGAUCCCGGCCAGCUAGCCGAUAUUGCAAGAUAUCUCUAUGAUGUCCUGGCCAUACUACACCGUUUCUCGUCGUCUACCCGGUCACGCAAUAUACCUAUCCUCGUAGCUGCCAACAAACAAGAUCUAUUCGCUGCAAUUCCGCCAAAGAUGGUCAAGGAAAAGCUAGAAGCCGAAAUCGAAGCAGUUCGUGAGACGAGACGCAAGGGCGUUCUAAACCCUGAUUCUGAAGACGACGGUGAGGCCGAUAACUUGGGUGAUCAACCUUUCACUUUCCAGCUUCUGGAAGACGAGGCUGGUAUUAAAGUUGAUUUCCUCGGAGGAAGCAUCACAUCAGAUUUUCGAGAUGAUGCUACGUCUGGUGUUCGGUCCUGGGAAGAGUGGAUGGGCCAACGUCUAUGA